AUGGGCCUUCGCAUCAUGGACGAUAUCCACGCACCCACGGUCUCGUCGGGUCCAACCUCGCAGCCCACCGCAAAUGGCACAAGCCCCAAGCAGUCGCUCCGGGACCUCAUCGCGCAAAAGGACGAUCUCGAGGCCGAGCUGUCGGCGCUCAGCUCGGUGCUAGAUUCGGUGUGUAUAUUGAGGCAGUGGGACAACAGCAUACUGAUCAGGGAGUAGCAUGGCGUCAACAUGAACACUUCGCUUACCACCAUCGACGGUUUCCCGCGUGCCGAUAUCGAUGUAGCGCAGAUACGAACGACAAGAGCACGGAUCAUAAGACUGAAGAAUGACCACAAGGCACUGAUGAGCAAGCUGGAGGACGCUGUUCAUGAGCAGUUUGCCACGGGGAAACAGGAGGGGCUUCCCACAAACGGAGCUAUGUCAAGGACAUCCAUGAACGAAACAAUUGCUAGCAGACCAGCAGCUCCGGUGCUGGAACCUGCUUUCGCCAAGGUCAAUGCUGUCGUGCCGGGCAGCCCGGCAGAGCAAGCAGGCAUGCGCGCUGGUGAUAGAGUGGUCAAAUUCGGAUCGGUCGAUUGUACAAACCACGAAAGACUCAGCAAAGUGGCUGAGGUGGUGCAGCAGAACGAAAAUGUGAGUUGAAUGCGCACAUAACACUGUUGCAUGGGCUGAUGUUCAACAGCGGCCCAUCGCGGUCAAGGUCUUGCGCGUGGCUUCGGCAGUUUCGGCGUCCCAAGCACAAGAUCUCAGGCUGACGCCACGCCGGAAUUGGGGCGGACGGGGCCUGCUCGGAUGUCAUCUGGUACCUGUUUGA